AUGGCUGGCACUGGACCAGAGAGGCAGAUGGCUGGCACUGGACCAGAGAGGCAGAUGGCUGGCACUGGACCAGAGAGGCAGAUGGCUGGCACUGGACCAGAGAGGCAGAUGGCUGGCACUGGACCAGAGAGGCAGAUGGCUGGCACUGGACCAGAGGGGCAGAUGGCUGGCACUGGACCAGAGAGGCAGAUGGCUGGCACUGGACCAGAGAGGCAGAUGGCAGGCACUGGACCAGAGAGGCAGAUGGCUGGCACUGGACCAGAGAGGCAGAUGGCUGGCACUGGACCAGAGAGGCAGAUGGCUGGCACUGGACCAGAGAGGCAGAUGGCUGGCACUGGACCAGAGAGGCAGAUGGCUGGCACUGGACCAGAGAGGCAGAUGGCUGGCACUGGACCAGAGAGGCAGAUGGCUGGCACUGGACCAGAGAGGCAGAUGGCUGGCACUGGACCAGAGAGGCAGAUGGCUGGCACUGGACCAGAGAGGCAGAUGGCUGGCACUGGACCAGAGAGGCAGAUGGCUGGCACUGGACCAGAGAGGCAGAUGGCUGGCACUGGACCAGAGAGGCAGAUGGCUGGCACUGGACCAGAGAGGCAGAUGGCUGGCACUGGACCAGAGAGGCAGAUGGCUGGCACUGGACCAGAGAGGCAGAUGGCUGGCACUGGACCAGAGAGGCAGAUGGCUGGCACUGGACCAGAGAGGCAGAUGGCUGGCACUGGACCAGAGAGGCAGAUGGCUGGCACUGGACCAGAGAGGCAGAUGGCUGGCACUGGACCAGAGGAGAGGCAGAUGGCAGGCACUGGACCAGAGGAGAGGCAGAUGGCAGGCACUGGACCAGAGGAGAGGCAGAUGGCAGGCACUGGACCAGAGAGGCAGAUGGCUGGCACUGGACCAGAGAGGCAGAUAACAGGCACUGGACCAGAGAGGCAGAUGGCAGGCACUGGACCAGAGGAGAGGCAGAUGGCUGGCACUGGACCAGAGAGGCAGAUGGCUGGCACUGGACCAGAGAGGCAGAUGGCUGGCACUGGACCAGAGAGGCAGAUGGCUGGCACUGGACCAGAGAGGCAGAUAACAGGCACUGGACCAGAGAGGCAGAUAACAGGCACUGGACCAGAGAGGCAGAUGGCUGGCACUGGACCAAAGGUGACGCAGAUAGCAACACACUGGACCAGUCGAGCCACAGCAACACUGAACCAGAAGCACAGUUACCAGACAUGA